AUGUUCAAUAGGCUUCAUUUUCGAGGUCUCUACGUUCUUUAUCUACUAGCCUGUGCGCUCGUCGGCCUGAUUGUCUGGGGCCUCUGGUUCGGCGUCAACUCAGACAGAGACAAUGUCCCGACGUUACUGAAUCAGUUGAUUCCCGCUGGUCACUGUGCGUGCGAAACGUCGUUGGAAUUUAAAUGCGACACCUGUCUGCACUGCUCUGCGGACGCACCGACAUCUUCUCCAGAAGAGAACCGAAAAUACAACCCUCUUUACGACGCACAUAAUCUCUCCCUCAGUGACGCGCAAUGCCAGGGCUUCUUCCCAGGGCUGUUCGAAGACAUCAACCGUGCCCAAGGGCUAUGGGAGUCGCGCGGCGGAAUCACCACCGAGGACCUCGACGACAUCGAGUUCGUCGAUAGUAUGGCGCGGGCCGCCAUCGUCGACGGGCAGCUGUAUUUCGUCUUCUCCGUCGAAGACAGACUGGACGAUGUGGCUGGACCGGAUUACCCUAUUUGGAUUUUGGCCCGGAAGCCCGACGAGGAGUCUGUCUGGCUGAUGCCGGAUUUCGGCUUCUGGUCGUGGAACAACGGACAUACGGAUCGGCCAAUCGGUCCGUAUAACGCGGUGGUGGACCGGGUUGUUCGGCGCGAGAAAGACGAGUUUCCGUGGGACGAGAAGGAGGCGAAGUUAGUGUGGCGAGGGAAGCUGAGCUUUGCGGCGAAGAUGCGACGAGGACUGUUGGAGGCAGCAAGGGGGAAGCCUUGGGGCGAUGUCAAGGAGCUGGACUGGGGGCGGAAGGACAAUUUCAUGACGAUGGAGGAUCAUUGUCGAUAUCGAUAUAUUGCCCACGUUGAAGGACGAUCAUACUCCGCGUCGCUGAAAUACCGACAAGCAUGCAUGUCCGUUGUGAUUGCACACAAGCUCCAAUUCAUCCAACACCACCACUACCUCCUCGUCUCCUCAGGGCCCGACCAGAACUUCGUCGAGGUAGAGCGGGACUUCACCGACCUGUCAGACAAGAUGCAACAUCUGCUCGACGACCCAGCACUCUCAGAGCGAAUCGCCAACAACAGCGUGGCCACCUUUCGAGAUCGAUACCUCACCCCGGCAGCUGAAACAUGCUACUGGCGCAAGCUGCUAGAUGGGUGGACAUCAGCGUCGCCGAAGAUCAGCCAGGAUGUUCAAUCCUCCACAAUCGCAGACGACGGCCUGCGCUUCGAAUCAUUUCUUUUGUUAGACAGUAAGGCGAUGAUGGACUUUUCAGGUUCAUAUUCGGCAUGACAGCUUGCGCAAAUAUUUUCUUGUUCU